UCCCAGAAACUCCCACACCCUGGGUUGUCUUUAAAAGGCAGGCAGAGCAGCCAGAGCUGCAGAGACGCUGAGACAACCCCAGAAGACAACAGCUCUCCCUGUGACGCUGGGCUCCUUCCCUCCCCACCCCCCGCAACAUGCAGGUCUCCGCAGCCCUUCUGUGUCUGCUGCUCACCGCAGCCGCCUUCAGCACCCAGGUGCUUGCUCAGCCAGCUUCUGUCGCCACCAUCUGCUGCUUUAAUGUGACCAGAAAGAAGAUCCCCAUUCAGCGACUACAGAGCUACCAAAGAGUCACUGCCAACAAAUGUCCCCAGAAUGCUGUGAUCUUCAGCACCAGACAGGCCAAGAAGAUCUGUGCUGAUGCCCAAGAGAAUUGGGUUCAGAAUGCCAUGGAGUACCUGGACCAAAAAUCCAAAACUGUAAAGUCAUAAAUAUUCACUGUUUUUUUUUUUUUUUUUUUUUUUUGGUCUUUUUUCUUAGAGCAGCACCUGAGGCAUAUAUAUGGAAGUCCCAGGCUAGGGGUCAAAUUGGAGCCUACGCCACAGCCACAGCAAUGCAGGAUCAAAGCC